CGGCAUACGCGAUGCUUUAAAAUACAAUAACAGCACAUAGAAAGACCCCUGCUGGGGGCAAAUGCAGCAGCCCGCUCGCAGGACCUGGACGGACCAGGAACUGGCAAUCAGCGGCUUUGAGCGGUUCGCCCUUGAAUUGGAGUUCUUGCAGUGCCUGGCCAAUCCUCUUUACAUCAAUUGGCUCGCAACGAAACAGUAUUUUGACAACCCAGCGUUUUUGAACUACCUUAAGUACCUGCAGUACUGGAAGCAGCCUGCAUACGCAGUGCACAUCACGUACCCGCACUGCCUGUUCUUCUUAGACCUGGUUCAGGAUGCGGACUUCCGCAACGCAAUAAAGGAUUUCUCAUACGCGGAGCAUAUCCGCCAGGCACAGGACUCGUUUUUCCGCAACUUCCACUCCAACCGGGUGGCGGAGGCGGAGGGCAAGGCCACGGCCGCGCCGGCAGCAGAUGGCGACGGUGGCGCAGGUGAUGCCAUGGAUUGAGCGCACAUGUCCUGCUGGUGCCGGUGCGAACACGGAACGCACGUGGUGUUGGCUGGCAGUAGGUUGCGCAGGGCGCAGCGGGGGUUGGACGGUUUGACAGUCAAUCUGCGUUUUGGCAUGAUUGCAUGGAGACCGUGCAACGUGUGUGCCCAUGGCAUGUGUCAUACUGCGCUACGAAUAGAAGGACAAAAAGCGAAAGGUGUGCACAUUCAGGUAAGACACGUACAAUGGUACCGUAGUGCGGUACUGUUGCUAGCUGGGGCCGGGGUUGCUAGUUGUUUACCCGUGUACAGCCCCUCGUCAGUGCCACUGAUGAGGGCUGGCGGUGUUAGUACGUGCUGCGUUGCUGUGUAGAGAAAGUCACGUUCUCAGCUGACAAUUUACAGCAGUGUGGCUAUUGCUCAGCUAAGUUUCGCACACUUCACCUGGCGGACUUGGAGCGGCGCCGUACAACUGAGGCGGAAGGAGGUUUGGUGUAGGGAGGUGUAGGGUGCGCCCGGGCCAUUGAAGCGGCGCCGUACCCGUGAGACGUAAGGAGACAGCCCUAGUACCCUAAACCCGGGUACGGGGCACAGGAGGAGGUGAGCGAAGUCAUUGCUUGCUAGGGAUGUACGAUCAGGGGCAGUUUCGACUGGGGCACCAGGUCACGGACGGUGGUAUUGGCGGUGCAAGUCAGGGGUGGUGCGAGCGGUGUUUCUGAUACCAGGUCUGUCGCGUGAUUUCGAGGCCUUGGGAGUCUGGGUGUUAUUAAGAAGUCGAAAGCUUUAGUACAGCCGUUCAUCUCUACUACGCAGAAACGAGGCCGACUGGACGAUACAUGGCAGCGCUCCAGGUCAUGCCAUGCCAGGGUGCCAUGCACAGCACAAGGCUCAGACAAUUCCGAGACGG